ACCGCCGCGUCGGGCCACCACCUCUUGUCUCCUUGCCUCUUGGUCUCUGGUAUACAUGCCUGCGCCGACGAAACAGCCGCAGAAGAAUGCCUUCGACAUCCGUCUCGCAGAGUCCGUGGUGUUCCUCCGCGCAGGAGAUGCCACCGGCAGACCCCGCAACAUGCAGGCCGACGCCCCUCCUGGCAUGCUUCGUGGGCUGCUAACGCUCACGCUCGUCAAGCCGACGAAGAUCUCCAGCAUUGAAAUCGAGCUGGUGGGAAAGACGAGCACGGCCUGGCCUGAAGGAGUGGGCGCGCGCCGUGUCGAAGUCACCGAGGAGCAUGAGAUCUACGCACAGUCAUACAUCCUCUUUCGCGCAGGCUCGGAGACACCGUACAGGAACAGCCGCCGCACGCUCUCCGUGGGCCCUGGCAUUGCGCUCGACCGUGAUGACGACGACCGCUCCGAAUCCUCGAGUGAAGAUAUGCACGGUACGGUUCACCGGCCACCCAGUGAUGAGCGGAGGGGCCGUGACCGAGGUCCGCCACCGGCACUUGUGAACAACGCAUUCGCGUCGAGGCGAAAUAUGAGCGUCGACCAGACGUAUUUCCAGCGUGAUUACGUCGCGCACCGCGACAACGGCCUCCCCCCUAUAUUGACCGCUUCACCCCCUUACACACCGACGGCAGAGACCGUUCCACAGCAUGCAUUCAGUCCGACGCUCCUCACUCCCGCCGCGUCCGUCUCGCAUCGCAUGAACACCGUCGACGAGCUACCCACCCAGGAGGCUGCCUCGUCUGCGGACGAGUACGGCCAGGGUCGCAGCUCCGAACCGGACACGGAACGCAGCAGCCUCGCAUCUGCGCGGCACCCGUCUCCUCUUGCCCGGAUGGGCGGGUCCUCCGCGUCUAGCCUGCGCCUAACCAGCAGCCCGCACUCGCAAUCUGCGCGCCCGUCGCUCGACGACGAGCGCCCCGAGUUCCUCGUCGGGAGCAGCCAUAGCCCUCUGCCCACCCGCCUGCGUCCGCGCCGGCCACGCAGCCGCCAUCAGCGCGAAGGCUCGUCGGACCUCCGGGAGCAUGCGGAUGACGGGCGCGGACGGAAGCACAAGCGGUUCAGCUUCGCGAACGUGUCGAAUGCGCUGCUGGACGUCGUCAUGGACCGUGUGCGCUCACGCUCGCGGUCGUCGUUCCCGGACGGCUACGGAGGCGACGCGACGCCCCCUCGAGGGCGCACGCGCGAGCGUCCAUUCGAAGACGUGUUCCACGACGAUGAGGAGGGCGCGCCUGCGAGGGACCGCGAGCGCUCUACCCUCGAACGGGUGAGCGAAGUGCUGGGAUUAGACGGCGAGGAUGGGAAAGAGUGGGGAGAAGGCUGGAAGGAGUUCAAAAAAGGCACGUACACAUGGCCGAUCUCUUUCGCGAUCCCCGCGAGCUCGCCGCCGACGCUGCACUGCGACCUCGGGCACGUGACGUGGAAGCUGAAGGCGUAUGCGCACCGGCCGGGGACGUUCACGACGAAGAUGUCCGCGGCGCAGGAGAUCACGGUCGUUACGUGUCCGUCGGAAGAUGACCUCGAGGAGACGGAGAGCAUCAUCGUCGAACGCCAGUGGGACACACAGAUGCAGUACCUCAUCACCAUCUCUGGGCGGAGCUUCCCCAUUGGCGGGGUUAUGCCCAUCAGCUUAACCUUCAUGCCUUGGACGAAGAUGAAGAUCUACAGAAUCUCCGUACUCAUAGAAGAGCGUGUAGACUACUGGACCGACUUCAAGCGUAUCGCGCGCACAGACCCACUGACCCGCAUCCCCCUUAUGUCCCUGAAAAGUCCACAAAAGGAUGGUCCGCACAUCCUCCCGCUAGAUUCCCCCGACCCUCAAGCGUUCAUGCAGUCCCCCUUCACCGACUUGGUACCGCCAGGCGAGGACGUCGGCGACUACGCUUCGAGUCUCAUGGGUCCCGGGCCAUGGCGGAUCCAGAAGGACCUGCAGCUGCCCGAGGCAUGCAACGUGCUGCACUUCACCAACCGCAAUAGGCGGAGCAACAUCUUCGUCACCCACAUGCUCAAGGUCAUCUUCCGCGUCGAGCGGGGCGACGACCAGGCGACGCCGAUCCACAUACUCUCGUGCCUGUGCAACGCCGAUAACCUCUCCCUGCCCCCCUAUUCCGGCGCGAUCGAACCACUCUCCCGCCAAUCGCGAACUCUACCCGAAUACCGCGUUCAUGCCCUGCCCGGAGGGCAGAGGGUAGCCGAGCGCAUCGUGACACCCUCACCCGCCGAACUCCAUCCCGUUCGCCCGCCGCCACCGCUCACGCGUCAGGACUCCAUCUUCCAGCGCGGCGCGCAGUUUGAGCGGCUCGUCGCUGGACAGGAGAGCGAGCUCGGCGAAGCGCCGCCAGCGUACGAAGACGUCGUCCAACUCUCAUAA